UGGGGUUGGGCUUGCUUGUUUUAUUUUGAGCUUUAUCUUUGUUUACUUAUUUUUGCUUUUGUUGCUCACUUCAAUGACUCCUAGGAUUGAUUGCUUGUCCGAGGUGGUUCCCGGAAGAACAGCUUGGAGGUUUACGGUUAGGGUUGCCAGAAUUUGGGAGGUUUCCACUUAUCUCAAAAAUAACCAGGUUAACUCCGUUGAAAUGGUGCUUGUUGAUUCAAAGGGUACCAAGAUCCAUGCCACUGUAAGAAAACAAUUGCUCUAUUUGUUCCAGCGGAAGUUGGACGAGGGGUUGGUUUAUACCAUGUCCUUCUUUACCGUUUCUUGCAGCGCUGGUGCGUAUCGGACUACUUUGCAUCCUUACAAACUUGUGUUUCAGAUGAAAACUAGGGUUGAGUUGUCCGAGUGUCCUGAAAUAUCUCGCUUUGGUCUCUCUUUGAGUACCAUUGCUGAAAUCCGUGCUCUUCCUGCUGAAUAUGAUCAUUUAGUUGAGGAGUUUAUGUCCGACCUAUUUGUGCAAACAAGAUUAACUUUCGUUUCAGACUGCAGUUAACAGUAUGUUUCUUAAUCAUGUUUUCAUUUUGUUCAUAGUAUUCAUAUUUGUGGAAUAUUUAUUUACUUUCAUACAUCUUUUGCAUGACUUGUUUGUGCAGUCGAAACAGGAGUAGG